AUGGUAGGGCCACUUAAUCGUGAGUCAGAGUCCAUCAAAACUAGUGAGCAAGUGACAUUAGGGAGUUUGCAAGAGGGAGUCAAUGAUCAAGAUGUUACUUCUCCUGAGGUGCAAAUUCCACAAGAAUCUAAGGCUAAAAGAUCUAAAAAGUCCCAAGAUGAAGUUGAAAUUGAAGAGAUAAAAUCUGCUCUUUUGACCAUAGUUUUUGUUUUUAGAGAGAGUACUACAUCUCAUGAUAAAUAUUUUAAGGAAAAUGUUUCUACUUAUGGAAACUUUUACGUGAAAUGCAAAUGGAAAGUCAUAUGCUCACUCCAGUAUAUAAUUAUCUUGUCGAAUAUCCUGAAAAUGUUAGAGCUUUACUUGGACUCUAUAAAGAUAUGCGAAAGAAUUAUCUAG